GGAAGUCCGCACCUCCGCUCCUGCUGUGGGCUAAGCUAGGCUAGUUCAAAACGACCCCCGCUAACCGUUACCUGCUACCUUAUCACCGCUCCCGUUGAUGACGUCCUUCGUCCCAGCGGAGCGUUUUAUCCACCAGCACACACAGAUUUUAUAAAACAGUAUUUAUUCGGUGAUAUCGACCGACAAUCCAGUUGCUUUGAGCAACCGACUGGCCCCCAGUCAGAGCUAAGCUAACAGUUAGCCUCACAGCCAAAAUGGCGGACAACGAGGAUGACAGCGGUUCGACCAGAACAAUAACAGCCGCUGCGCCGACGGGGGCCGCGGCUCAGCCCCCCGCCGCCAACUGCACUCAGCCCACAAACAGUUUACUGUCAGCCUCGGCCGCUCAGAUCACCCAUCCUGGGGAGGAUGUAUCGGCAGCGGACGCCGACCAGCGCGGCCAGCCAGGGGAGAAUUCACAGACCGUAUUCGGUGCUGAGAGCGGUCAGCCCGAAGAGAGUUUACCGUCAGGGUCCGGAGCUCAGCUGGCGGACUUGUUACAGAGCUGCCCGGAAGAACAGAGCAUCCUGGUGGGCACAGAGUUCACCGGUUUGGGCCCGGACCUUGUCAACACCACUAUCAUCUACGUGCAGCCGGACGGAAGCCUGGUCGAGGGCUCCGGGCUGACGGUCGAAGAGCAGCAGGCUCUUCUGGACCAGCUCACCAAGCAGCAGAUCGUCCAGGUCUCCGACACCGAGGCCGCCCAGCUGCUGCACCAAAGCCAGUUGGUCAAAACCAUCCCGGUCCAGAACGCGGCACUGGACCCGAGCCAGCUGCAGCAGGUCAUUAACCAGGUCACCAAGUCCCAGCAGCAGGUCCACGUCCAGCUCCCCCAGCAGCAGGUCCACGUCCAGGUCCCUCAACAGACCCCGAAGCAGCAGGUCCACGUCCAGCAGGUCCAAGUUCCCCAGCAGGGUCUGAAGCAGCCGGUCCAGGUCCAGCAGGGUCUGAAGCAGCAAAAGCAGGUCCAAGUCCUGCAGCAGAACCUAAACACCACCCAGAACAACGCCUCCCAGCAGCUGAAGAGUGUCGCCCAGCAGGUGGCCAUGCAGACCAGCAGCUCUGUCCAGGUGGUCCAGAAGAAGUCGGAGCCCGUCAGGAUACAGAUCCAGGUUCCUCCCAAACAGGAAGUGAAGCCUGGUGCCGCCCCACAGCAUAAAAGUGUAGCUGUCAAUCUUCCGCAGGUGAAGCUGUCAGCCAAUGGCAGCGUGAGCAGCGCUCAGAUCAUCCACAUCCAGCCUAUGGUUGGUCAGCAGGGUCAGCAGUUCUUCCUGCAGCAGAGUCCAGGGGACCCGCCCAUCCAGCUGCUGCUGCAGAGUCCCGCCCCUGUCGUUGGAUCACUUCUCCCAUUGGUCCACAAGCUGACAGGCCAGACGACGUCAACGGGCACCACCUCCAGUCCGGGUCAGAAACCUGUAGCAUCUCCCAUCACAGUCCAGAACCCCUCUGCUGUUAAGACCACGGCCACCUCCAUCGUCAGGACCCCACCCAAUUCCACUGCUAAAACUGUUAGCGUCCCGCUAAUCAAAAAUUCCGCUAAUGGCACAACAACAGCUUCUAGUAAGAGUCCCAUUAAACCACCUGCAGUCAUUGCGGCAGUCCCAGUACAGACCACUACACCUGCUCGACCUGCAACUGUCACCACAACCCCUGCUGCUCCGCCCCCUGUAGCCCCAGCAGCGAAGGAACGAGAAAGAGAGAAAGAGGAGCGGAAGAAGGUGAAGAAGAGGGAGAAAAAGGCUGUGAAGGUCCAGACCAGAUCCGGUCGGGUCUCCAGACCACCAAAGUACAAAGCCAGAGACUACAAAUUCAUAAAAACGGAGGACCUGGCUGACAGCCACCAGUCUGACUCCGACGACUACUCCGACAUGAGUGUGGAGGAGGAGGAGGGGGAGGGCGGGAGGAAGGAUACCCAUGCUCCCGGUGCAUCCACCUCCCUCACCUACAGCCACAAGUCCCGGUCCCACUGCUGCCAGACCUGCGACAAGGCCUACAUUGGUCCUGGAGGUCUGAACCGGCACUAUAAACUUAACCCGACCCACGGAGAUCCUGAUCUACCUGGCAGCCAGCUGGGCAACCAGCCUGGCAACACACCACGCACACUCAGAGAUGUCAGCCAAUCACAGGAGAUGACAGUCAGAGAGGAGGAGAAGAAGAAGGAGGAUAAACCUGCUGUCAUGGCAACAAACAGAGUGGAGGGGGGUCCAGCAACAGCUGUAGGACUCAGGGGCCUCCAUCACCGGGGCCCUGGCCGGCCCCGAGGACGAGGAAGAGGAAGGGGCCGGGGCCGGGGCCGGGGUCGAUUGCUGGCACCGCCUCCUAAGGUGACAGUGGGCCUGGUCAGUAGGCGGGGUCGACGUGGCCGACCUCCAAAGCUCAGCGUAACCACAGUAACAGCAGAGCAGCAGGCAGAGAGGAGACGAGACCGACUGCAGGAGCUGGUGGAGCAGUGUGAGGAUGAGGAGCUGAUGGACAUCGUUCUUCCACGUUUGACCAAAGUGUUGAGUCUGUGGGAGCUGCUGCUGGCAAAGGUGGAGCGCGGUGGUCCAGCUCGGACUCGGUUUCCAGAUAUUUACCGGGAGUAUGAGUCCCUGCAGGUUCAGGUGAAACAGGCCGCUCAGGAUUACAUCAUCAGCCCGCAGGGCGGAGCCACGCCGCUUGAGGUCAGGAACAUUGAGGUUGCCAGGUGUCUAGGGAUACUGGACGAGGUGAACAGGAUGAAGGUGGUUCCUGGAGCAUCUCCCAGUUCCAGUCUGACCAAUAAGAACGUCCGAUACAUGGAGAAUUCCAAGAUGCUGCCACCGUCAAAGCGAUUCAAGAUGGAGAAUAGUGUUCCAGUUCACCAAAAUGGCAUUGAGACGCACAGGACAGGCGAGACAACAGUGACCCCCGUGACCUCUGGGACCCCAAUGACCUCUAUGACCCCAGUGAACUCUUUGACACCUGUGAACUCCUCUCUGAAGUCCUGCUCGGUCUCUGUGUCUCCUUUGGUGGUUCCAGAUGGAUCCAAACUGCUGACCACCACUGCUGACUCUGCCUCCAGCUCCUCUGGCGCCACCCCUGCUAAGACACCCUGCACCAUGGCUCCACCCUCCGCCACACCUAUGGAGGUGACCCCAGGUGAAGACCAGGGGGAGGGGCCUCUGCAGAAUGAUCUCCAGGUAGAGCCUCUGCCAGCAGGCCAGGACCAGGUCCUGAGCACCUCUGACAUUGCAGCCCAGAUGAAGGAGCUGGAGAAAGCUCUGGGUUCAAGUGGCAAGAGUACUGCAGACACGAAGAUAGUUGAGUUUGACUCUGUCCAGACACCUGAUUCCACCCAGAAACCUGGGUCCCCCACGAUCAAGACACUUGAGUCGAGCACAGUCCAGACUCGGGCCUCUUCUCAGCUCCAGCAGAGCGACUUAUCCCAGUCUGAGUCCAGCACCACAGAUGCAUGCGAGACCAAAGAGCUGCAAGAGGGACAGGAGAUCUACAUCCAGACUGAGGGGUUGACAGUCCAGCUGGCAGAGCCUGGAACAGACAGGAUUGUCAUUGUCAACGGGCCAGAUGGGACCACUAUGCACAUCCAGACUCCAGAGGGGGUCCCCCUGGAGGCGGUCCAGGCCCUAUUGGGCAUCGAGGCGUCUGAUGGAGCCAAAGCUCCUCACUAAAUUCUGAAAGGAACCCAGACCUAUCUGGACUGAGCAGGACCAGAAACUGCCCUGAAGUGCAUCAGGCUGACAGGGAGAUUCUGGAUUUUUAAGGUGGUAUUUAUAACGUCAUCUGAGCUCCCAGGUGCUGUAGACAGACAAUACCUGCAGCUAUGAGUCUUACAUGUCCACAAAGGUGAACAUCAGCAAAGAAUUGACCAACACCUGGACCCAUGAAACACCUUGACCUACAACAGUCUUAAAAGACAAGUCAAUGAACACCUGUCUAUUGCUGUUCCACUGGGGGCAGAGCAUAAACUUACGUGUAAGUCAGUCCAAUCAAACUCAGUACCCCAGGACAAAAUGAACAUUGUAACUGUGGGUGUAAAGAACACAGUAGCCUUUAGGGGGUGCUAGCAGAUCUUCAGACUGCUGGUUUCAAGUGUUUCUGUUAGCUCUGUCUUGUUGGAGAUGUUUUAGAUUUGGCACCGGAGGAUGAACAGGACAAAUUGUUCCUUUAAUAUCUCAUCUGGACCUGUUCUUGUCAGACUCUGUUGACGUGACGUUUUGUUCUUUCUUCUUCAGACUGAACUUCCUGUUUAGAAAAAAAGUUGAAGAUCUUCCAACAAACACCUGAAAUUUUUCUCCCAAAAAUGUCAAAACUGUUCAGAAACCAGAGUGAAGCCACUGUCUGUAGUCAACUUUCAGGCUCCUCAAGAAGGAAUUUUCUCAAUAAAAUUGAAUUGUAUUGUUUUAUUUUUUUGGUGCUCAUAUUUAAUAUUUAAACACAGUUAUCCUGAGGGAAAUUAUCAAACUUAACAUGAAAUGUCACAGGUAAUGACACAUUUAACUGCUGAUAAACAGUAAAUUGUGUGAUUUCUACAGAUAACCUAAUCAGUAAAUGCUGAUCAAUAAAUCCUGACCUCAGGUUAACAGAUUAAACAUCUAAAUAUGAGCAGCAUUAUUCAUUGAGAAGACGAGAUAAUCAGUUUGUGAUUGAGAUAAUAAACGAUGAUGUGUCCCCUCUGGGCUGCUGUACUCAGCAGUGAUGAACAAAGAGUCUUAUUGUCUCAGUUCAGCUUGAUAUUUGAUUGGUUCAUUCAGUUCUCACCUUUGAUGAUGUCAUUAACGGGCUGGACAGAAGAUACCUGAUCUUCCUGUUGGUUUUUAAGGAAUCUGGAGUGAUUGUAAAUUUGUAAACUUUUUUUCCUUCAGUGUUUCCAUAUUUGGACUUGUUCGUUUAAAAAUAGAAACCGAUUAGUUGGCUGUUAAUAUGUAGAUAAAUAUGAUAAACAAAGUUUAAAAAAAGUUGCACUAUUUUAUUACUUUUUAUAAAACUUCACAAUGAAACAUUUUCCAAACAUAAACUGAACGUUUAUAGUUGUCUGGAGAAUCAACGUGAGGAUGGACGGAAAACAGUUUGGAGGAAAUCAGACUUUGAUUUGUCAUGUUGAUCGUUCGAGUGCUCAGUGCAUUAAACACAUUUCAUGUUCCUCCAAUAAACUGAUGUGACAAAC